ACAGCGACAGUCCAAACGAUUUUAAAAGAAUCAUGGCGGCUCCUGAUGGUAAGAAGCGUGGUCUUGAACAUUUGGACGAAUAUGAACCAAAACCAGCCAAACACCUUCGCAGCCUACAUGACCGCAUGGCAGAGAGGAGGCUGGUUGUGAUUCUGGAGGGAGCCUCGUUAGAAACAGUGAAGGUUGGAAAAACAUUUGAGCUGUUAAACUGUGACCAACACAAAAAUAUAAUCGUCAAAAGUGGAAGGAAUCCGGGACACAUACGACCAGAUAUCACUCACCAGUGUUUGCUCAUGUUGAUGGACAGUCCACUGAACAGGGCAGGCCUGUUGCAGGUUUAUAUCCACACAGAGAAAAACGCCUUAAUAGAAAUCAACCCACAGACACGCAUCCCAAGAACCUUCACUCGUUUCUGUGGCCUAAUGGUUCAGCUCCUGCACAAGCUGAGUGUCAGGGCCGCUGAUGGUCCUCAAAAGCUUCUGAGGAUGAUUAAGAACCCAGUGUCUGACCAUCUGCCUCCUGGCUGCCCACGCAUGACCACCUCUUUCUCUGCUGGAGAGGCUGUCUGCCCUCGGACUUUAGUGCCAGAUGGACCAGCUGCAGUGGUGGUCGGAGCAUUUGCACACGGAGCGGUGAAUGUGGACUACACAGAGAAGACCGUGUCUAUCAGUAACUACCCACUUUCAGGGGCACUGACCUGCGCCAAGAUGUGCUCUGCCUUUGAGGAAGUGUGGGGUGUCCUGUGACAAACUGUCAGAGAACUACUGAUGGUCACCAGGCAGAGAGAAACAUGGACAUUAGAACGCAGAAUGGAUAUAUUGCAAACAGUUGGCCAAAUGACAAUUUUGCUAGUGAUACUAUGUGGAUUACAAAAAAGUAUCAUGUUACACACUCUGUGUAUACUGAUGUUGUGAAAAACAAAUGUUUCUGUAUCCAUUGUUCCCUUUUCAUUUUCACUUGGCUGUUUUUUUUAUAUCAGUUUCAGCUACUGCUGAGUUUUGAAUCAGUGCAAUUAUAUUGAAAUAUAUAACCAAAUGAUGAGUGAUUUUCUUCUAUGUAGAUUAGAACAAAUGUUUAUCUUAAAUUGAUGCAAAAUUUUAUGAAAUUAUGUGCUACAUGAAUUCCAUGAGAAAAUGGUAACGGGAAAACCUUCAACACAGUUUAUACAUCAACAAAAAAGAUAUGAUUUCACUUUGCUGAUCAGGUUGGAGUUUAUUACAGCUCAAAAUGGAUUUGUCUUCCGUGUUAAUUCUAGUAGUAGUAAGUUCUUCUCAGGGCAACCCGACGUUUCGGUGCUUUUCUUAACCGGGUUUUAGUGAGCCUUUGUCUUGUUCGUUGUUUCUUUCUCCGUGAAGAUUUAUAAGGAAGACGAUUUUGCUUUGGUCGACGUCUUCGAGUCCUUGUUGUCUUCCUUGGAGUCUUUCGAACCUGCGCUGCUCGGCUUGUCGCAGAUCCGCGUUUCUUCCCUGCUGGUUUUGCAGUUUUUCCUCUUGCUUUGAGGGCCUUUCUUCUUGGUUUGUGGGAUUUGGCCGCUGGCUUACGAGUCUUGCCUUUCAGUUUGUGUGGUCUGGCUGCUGCUUUCUGAGCCUUGCCUUUUGGUUUGUAGGAUUUGCCUUUAUGUUUGGUAGUCCUCCUGGCUGGUCUCUGUGACUGUGCUUUUCCUUUGGGGGAUUUGCUGGCAUUUUUGUUCUGCUUCAGAUCUCCUUUUGUUUUUAUAGGUAUCGCACCACCUGUCAUUGCUUGCUUUGCGUCAGUCUGUUUCUGAUUUUAUUUGGGAAAUAAAGAAUUGGAAAAUAA